GUGGACGGUCCUCCUAAUGACGGAGUGCAGUAUGAGACGGUGCAGGUCAUUAAAGACGGCAGCCCUGUGCUGAGAGACAUGGCCUUCUCUCUGGACCGCAACUACCUCUACGUCAUGUCUGAGAGACAGGUCACCCAGGUGCCCAUUGAGUCGUGUGAGCAGUACGGGACGUGUGGGGAGUGCCUGAGCUCAGGAGAUCCGCACUGUGGCUGGUGUGUCCUGCACAACAUGUGCACCCAGAGGGAUCGCUGUGAGCGCGCCAACGAGCCAUACCGCUUCGCUGCCUCCCUCAACCAAUGCGUGAAGGCCACCGUCUACCCCGACAGCAUUGCCGUGUCCGAGCCCAGCGUGCCGCUCCUGGUGAAGGUGACCGACGUGCCAGACCUUUCCGCCGGCAUCACCUGCUCCUUCGGCAACUUGACGGAGGUGGAGGGCAAGGUAAACGGCAACCAGAUCCUGUGCCUGUCCCCCGCCGCCAAGGACGUUCCCAUCAUCCCCACUGACCAAGAUUGGUCUGGCGUGGAGCUGAGGCUGAACUCCAAGGAGACGGGUCAGAUGCUCAUUAGCACAGAGGUCAAGUUCUACAACUGCAGCGUCCACCAGCUGUGUUUGUCCUGCGUGACCAGUGCCUUCCGCUGCCACUGGUGUAAGUACCGCAACCUCUGCACCCACGACCCCUCCAGCUGCUCCUUCCAGGAGGGACGCGUCAACGCAUCCGAGGACUGCCCUCAGCUGGUGCGCUCGGAGGAGAUCCUGAUCCCGGCAGGCGAGGUCAAGCCCAUCACGCUGAAGGCCCGGAACCUUCCGCAGCCGCAGUCGGGCCAGCGCGGGUACGAGUGCGUGCUGCACAUCCAGGGGGUCAGCCACCGCGUCACGGCCCUGCGCUUCAACAGCUCCAGCGUGCAGUGCCAGAACAGCUCGUAUUUGUAUGAGGGGAUGAAGAUCAGUGAGCUGCCAGUGGACUUCUCAGUGGUGUGGAACGGCAACUUCAUUAUUGACAACCCAGAGAACAUCCAAGUGCACCUGUAUAAGUGUGCGGCACAGCGGGACAGCUGUGGCCAGUGCCUGAAGGCGGAGCGGCGGUUCCAGUGCGGCUGGUGCAGCGGAGAGGGACGCUGCACCCUCCGACACCACUGCACACUGCCCAACCCCUACACCGGACGCUGGCUCAACAUGGACAACAAGAACGUCAAGUGCACCAACCCACGCAUCACUGAGGUCACCCCAGUGGCUGGUCCACCAGAAGGGGGUACGCGAGUGAUCAUCCGUGGCCUUAACCUGGGCUUGUCCUUCUCCGAGAUGGUCAACAACGUGCAGGUGGCCGGCGUCCAGUGUACGCCUCAGGAGGACGGCUACAUCAUCGCCGAACAGAUAGUGUGUGAAAUGGACCCUGCUCCCAUCGAUGCCGCUCCAGGUCCGGUGUCCCUGUGUGUGGGAGAGUGCAGACCAGAGCUCCAAACACACUCCUCUCAGCUCUACUCCUUUGUGACCCCAACGGUGACAGGACUGUCCCCGAGCCGAGGCCCCGAGUCCGGGGGAACCAAGGUCACCAUCAUGGGUGAGAACCUUGGGGCCGGCAGCAGUGUCAACGUCCUCUUCGGGAACCAGACCUGCGAGUUCUUUGAGCGGACCAUGACGGAGAUUGUGUGCUUCUCGGCACCCUCUCUGACUGGUGUUGGUCCGGUCCAGGUCAGUGUUAGUGUGGACCGGGCCCAAGUGAAGGAGAGCCUGGUGUUUGAGUACAUCGAUGACCCGACCGUCCAGCGCAUCGAACCUGAGUGGAGCAUCGCCAGCGGACACACUCCUCUGAUGGUGAUGGGGACCAAUCUGGACGUGGUGCAGGAGCCACGGAUCCGCGUGAAGUAUGCCGGACAUGAGUCUGUUAACGUGUGUAAGGUGUUAAACACUACCUCCAUGAGCUGCUUCGCCCCUUCCCUGACCGCAGAGUAUCGUCCCGGUCUCGACUCGGUGAAACACGCCGACGAGUUUGGCUUCAUCUUCAACAACGUGCAGGCGCUGCUGGUCUACAACAACACCAACUUCCUGUACUACCCCAACCCUUUCUUCGAGCCCCUCAGCACCAACGGCGUGAUGGAGCAGAAACCCGGCUCCCCCAUCAUCCUCAAGGGGAGGAAUCUGGUGCCGCCGGCGUCUGGGGGUGUGAAGCUGAACUACACGGUGCUCAUCGGGGAGACGCCCUGCUCCGUCACCGUCUCCGAGACCCAGCUGCUCUGUGAACCGCCCAACCUCACCGGACAGUACAAAGUCAUGGUGCAGGUGGGCGGACUUCAUGUGUCUCCCGGCGCGGUCCACAUCCUGUCGGACAGCCUGCUGACCCUGCCGGCCAUCGUGAGCAUCGCGGCAGGAGGCGGACUCCUCCUGAUCAUCGUCAUCCUCGUGCUGAUCGCCUACAAGCGCAAGUCUCGUGAGAACGACCUCACCCUCAAACGCCUGCAGAUGCAGAUGGACAACCUGGAAUCCCGCGUGGCCCUAGAGUGCAAGGAAGCCUUUGCUGAGCUGCAAACGGACAUCAACGAGCUGACAAGUGAUCUGGACCGGGCCGGAAUCCCAUAUCUGGACUACCGCACUUACGCCAUGAGGGUGCUGUUCCCUGGCAUCGAGGACCAUCCGGUGCUAAGAGAACUGGAGGUUUCUGGUAAUGGGCAGCAGAGUGUUGAGAAGGCGCUGAAGCAGUUUGCACAGCUGAUCAACAACAAGGUGUUCCUGUUGACCUUCAUCCGCACACUGGAAACCCAGCGGUCAUUCUCCAUGCGCGACCGCGGCAACGUGGCCUCGCUCAUCAUGACCGCACUGCAGGGCCGUCUGGAGUACGCCACCGAUGUGCUUAAGCAGCUCCUCUCCGACCUCAUCGAGAAGAACCUGGAGAGCAAGAACCACCCCAAGCUGCUGCUGCGCAGAACGGAAUCAGUUGCUGAGAAGAUGCUGACCAACUGGUUUGCUUUCCUGCUGCACAAGUUCCUGAAGGAGUGUGCCGGUGAGCCCCUGUUCAUGCUGUACUGUGCCAUAAAGCAGCAGAUGGAGAAGGGCCCCAUAGACGCCAUCACGGGUGAGGCCCGCUACUCACUCAGCGAGGACAAGCUCAUCCGCCAGCAGAUCGAGUACAAGACCCUGAUUCUGAACUGUGUGAACCCGGACAAUGAGAACAGUCCUGAGAUUCCGGUCAAGGUGCUCAACUGUGACACCAUCACCCAGGUGAAGGAGAAGAUACUGGACGCAGUCUACAAGAACAUGCCGUACUCCCAAAGACCCCGCGCCGUAGACAUGGACUUGGAGUGGCGCCAGGGCCGCAUGGCUCGAGUGGUUCUACAGGACGAAGACAUCACCACCAAGAUCGAGAAUGACUGGAAGAGGCUCAAUGCUCUCAUGCACUACCAGGUGUCUGACCGGUGUGUGGUGGCAUUGGUGCCCAAACAGACCUCCUCCUACAACAUCCCCCCUUCAGCCAGCAUCUCUCGCACCUCCAUCAGCAGAUAUGACUCGACGCUCCGCUACACUGGCAGCCCAGACAGCCUGCGCUCCCGUGCCCCUAUGAUCACGCCUGACCUGGAGAGCGGCGUUAAGGUGUGGCACCUGGUGAAGAACCACGAGCAUGGUGACCAGAAGGAGGGCGACCGCGGAAGCAAGAUGGUGUCCGAGAUCUACCUGACCCGCCUGCUGGCCACCAAGGGUACUCUUCAGAAGUUUGUGGACGACCUCUUUGAGACGCUCUUCAGUACGGUCCACAGAGGCAGUGCCCUUCCUCUGGCCAUUAAAUACAUGUUUGACUUCCUGGACGAGCAGGCGGACAGACACGCCAUCCACGACACGGACGUACGCCACACAUGGAAAAGCAACUGCCUUCCUCUGCGUUUCUGGGUGAACGUGAUCAAGAACCCGCAGUUUGUCUUCGACAUCCACAAAAGUAGCAUCACAGACGCGUGUCUGUCGGUGGUGGCGCAGACCUUCAUGGACUCCUGCUCGACCUCCGAACACCGGCUGGGCAAGGACUCACCCUCCAACAAGCUGCUCUACGCUAAAGACAUCCCCAACUACAAGAGCUGGGUGGAGAGGUACUAUGCGGACAUUAACCGGCUGCCUGCCAUCAGUGACCAGGACAUGAACGCCUACCUGGCCGAGCAGGCGCGUCUCCACUCCAACGAGUUCAACAUGCUCAGUGCCCUCAAUGAGAUCUACUCUUACGUUAGCAAGUACAGCGAGGAGAUCAUAGCAGCCCUGGAGCAGGACGAGCAGGCUAAGAAGCAGCGUCUGGCCAUGAAAGUACAACAACUCAUCACCGCCAUGUCUCACGAGAGCUGAGAGCACCACAGAGCAACGGAGAGCGCGCGCGCGCGAGAGAGAGGGGGGGGAGAAAGACAGAAUGAACAACAUCAAGAGUGAGAGAAAGAGAGAAAAGCAAGGGGGACUGGCAUCUGCACCUGUGCCAUCCUUCCACCACUACCACCCAAGGAGUCUCAGCACAGCACAUGGUACUUAACGCUGACCUGAGACUGGGGAUUCUCAGCUCCACCAAACCAGUAGGACAGGUUCAGUGGACCUUACCAAAAUGUCUGCCCUCACAAGACACUGGCUGGAGGUGCAUGUUUCAUCCUGUUGUGAACAGAUAAUGAGAGCAGAGCUGUCCUAAGACACCUCAACUUUUUUUCCCCAUUUUCUUCGGCAGUCUCUUGUGUGUGUCUGGCACAAGAGCAACACGCAGUGACAGGAACUCAAGCAGGACAACAUGAUGGGGCAGCAUCUCUCUCUCUCUCUCUCUCUCUCUCUCUCUCUCUCUCUCUCUCUCUUUUUUUUUCUCUCUCUUACUACGGACUCUUAAGAGCCAGAGUGGAACAUUUGGCUGUAGCCAUGUCCUUUGAGAAUUUUUAUUUUUAUACACGAACACUUUAAAAACCUCUUCCAUUACUCCGUGGCUUUUGGCAUCUCCCGACAUCGUGAUGCAUACGGCUCUUCUCGCUUUCGUGUCCUGUCUCGUUGGGUGACGGGUUGACAACGACAGGACGGAGAGCCUGUCUCAUCGGUCUGUCCCUCUCUCUCUCAUCCUCACUCUCGGAGGCCAGUCGCCAGCCUUCUUCCGAAAGACGCAGAGAGACUAGACGUGAGUUUACUGUCCACUCAUGGAGUUAAAAAAAAACAAUGUGCGGAAAGAGUGAAAGGUCACGUGAUCAAUCAGGUCGGCCGACCCCUGAUUCUUCCUGGCCGAUCCUCCGCAUCGUGUCACAGUUUAUCUCGGAGGAAAGGAGCGGCUGAUCGACGACUUCAAAAGACUCUCCUCAGCCAGUGUCUCUGUGUGUAAAUGUCCCGUUCUUCUUCUUUUUUAAAACGACGUGUGAAAUUGUAUGUGAAUGUACAAAAUGUUGCUCUAUUUUAGUCAUCUUUUGUUUUCCUAGAGCAGAGAGAGGCCACAGAGCAGAGCUGAACUCUGAGGGAAGACCCUUGGCCAAGAGAAAAAAAUGCUGUAAACAUUCUGGUUACCGAGGACCUUUUUAGCUUGAUAAAUGUCAUUCAUUAUUAUAUUGCCAAAAUACGCUUUGUGAUUGAAGUGUGCUGUGUGCAAUCGUAUGGGCAGUUCCCUCUGGACACUGGGCUGCCACACUAUAGAUUGCGUUUCUACUCCACUAUAUAUUGGAGAAUGCUUCCUGUAGAUGGAAUGAACUUGCAUCGCGGGCGGUAGAAGUGGGAUCGAUCCACUAUAAAGCUGACCAGACAGUGUUAUGUUUUCAGUUUCUGUCAACUUGUGUGUGUAUUUUUGCAUGCGUCAUCCAGAACCACUCAAGAGAGAGAGAGAGAGAGAGAGAAAGAAAAAAAGAAAACCUCAUCCAUUUCUACUCUGUUUUUUAAGUGCCAAGAAGGUUGCAUUAGCUCCAAGAGGCUAAGAGGUUAGCUGCAGAUCUAAUGCGCAAUUCAGUCACCACUGCUAUAUAUCGAUAUAUAUAGAUAGAUAUAUAUAUCUUCAUGCUACAGUGACAACCCUUCUUAGGGUCGAUCUUGAUUAAGUGCCAAAAGAAUCACUUUAAAUUAUUCACUGACGUGUCAAAAAAAAAAGUCGGUUAAUGCUUUAUAAAGGGACUCAAGACCUCAGACUGAGGGGCGACUGAAAGCCCAGACAAGAAGCUGACUGUGGGCCUGACCUGGCCCGGACGCCAGCCGGGUCUGAGCCAGAGCCAGUUCCCCUCUCCUCUCUGGAAAAGCGGCACUCACUCAACAGGAACUAGGAGAGAUCAGACGACCUCCACCCCGCCACUGCCAUCUCUCUGGAUUUUGAGCAUCUGUCUCGAAGCGCUCGAAGGCAGCUAGGUACGAUAACGAAGGAAGUGGGGCUGGACUAUCACCCUGUAAAAAAUUACACACACACACACACACACACACACACAAACAUACACUCUUGGAUGUGAACAGUUUGGGGGUGGAUGGUUUUUAUUCAUUUCUUUCCCUCCCCCCCCUACAUGGAGAGUGUACUAUCCAAACAACAAGCAAGAACAAAGUCAUUUCUCUCAUUUAUAAUGCAUCUGACCCACUAAAGAUGAGUUAUAUUCCGCUGUUGGUUUCAUCUACACAGACAAGGUCAUUAGAGGUUAAAGUCAAGGUGUGCUAGAAAUUGCUUAUGGAAUUGUUCUAAAUGGGAGCCAAGCCAGGUUCUAAGCUGGUUCUUUUUUCCAAUGGUAUUGGGGGUUCAGUCUUGUGCAUGGUAACUGCCGGCGUUCAUCUCAGUGUUGUGCUGUGGCAAGUGCAAUGCUAGCUUGUUGUUUACAUCAAAUACUUGAAACUUGAUAGUGUUAAUGGUGUACGUUGAAUUUUAUUUUUAGUAUUGGGGGUAAAUAUCAUACCAAAAGAUGCUUUCUUUUUUUUUUUUUUUUUUUUUUUU